CGGGAAGUAACUAAGGUCGUGGAUGGCGCCGGUGCCAGUUGGACAAGGUUUGGGGACCUAAUGCGAAGGAAGUAUAGGCUGGGGGACGGCCUGUUGACUAUGGCAGACCUGGAGGCCAUGAAUAAGGAAGAUUUCUCUACUAUUGGGGCGUUUGUGCACGAGUUCAAGAAAAAGGCGAGGAAAGUGCACGGGAUUUCUGAGGAAGCCACAGAGCUGCUUACGGGCUCGGAGGCCACAGAGCUGACCAAGUAUGGGGAAGGGAGUGAGAGGCUCACCUGGGCAACCAUUGACAAGAGAGGGGAAGAAGGGAGCCUGGACCAGGUGGAGCAACACCAAAUGAGGCUGCAAAGGCGCAAGAGGAACGAGAGGGAUGCUACCGCAUACGGAACCCCAGGGGUGAAGAGAAUCGUCACGGACGUGUUGGCGGCCUUGGGGUAUGAUAACAAAGCAGAGAUACAAAAAAGAGGGGUGCUAGUGGCCCAAGGCCGGGUGUCAGGGGCAGUGGAUGAGGAGGCUGGGCAAGAAGACUACAGCGGAGGGGAGACGGGUUCCCAAGUCCUGACCAAGGCCCAGAGGAAGCAGCGCAAUCUGCUGCAGGGAGGGCAUGGGUCAGGGAAGGGGCAGGCUCCCCAAGCCAUUGCCCCACCACCGCCAGUCGCCGCGGCCGCACCGAUGCCAGCAGGACCAUCACACAUGGGGCCGCCACCAGCUUGUGGGCACUGGGUGCAGCAUUGUCAGUCUGCUCCCUGGCCCAGUUGUAACCACUGUGUCUCGUGUGGAGGGAGCCAGGCCCACACGGGACACAUAGUCCCCUAUUCGAGCCCAUCAAACAGCCUGUGGCUCAACUGCCGCCCUCCCAACAGGCCUCGCAAGCCAGUGUGGCCGGGGGAGGGCGCCAAGGACAAGGCGGGCAGGGCAAUGGGGGCCGGGGCCAAGGGGGUAGAGGAGGGGGCGGCCGGGGGCGAGGAGGAAAUGGUGGAGGCCGUGGAGGAGGCUGGAAUGGUCAAGGGGGUCAGAACCAACGUGGCCAAGGCAGCCAGGGAGGGGGCCAAGGGUAUCGGAGGCCCCGCUUCCACUGGCGGAACGCAACUUGUUGGCAUUGUGGCGAGGAAAGAAGUGGUAGAGGUUCAAGAAGAGGAAGAUGAGGGUGAUGACGAAGAGGAUGAGAGGCUCCGCCAGGAAGAAGAUCGGCGAGCUGAGCAGAGGGCCAAGAAGAGAGGGAUUCAGGGAGGAGCGGAGCCGAGCCUGCACGAUGGCGUGCCAAAAAGGAAGAAGUACGCAGUUUGGCUGGAGGAAGGUUUUGACGUGGAGCGGAUGGUAGAUAAGCUCCUGGAAGGCCACAACGAUUUGAUGAAUUUAAAAGACAUCCUGGCGUCAGCGCCAAGACUCCGUGGCGAGCUGAAAGGGCGGCUCUCGCAGAGGCUAGUGCCCAACGUCCACCUGAGCUCAAUUCUGCCCAGGGAGAUAGAGUGGACAGAGGUGGGCACCAGGAUCGACUGGAAAUGUGUGGCAUGUGGGUUGGUGGAUCUGAAGGUGAGAGACCAGCCAAGCAUCGCAAUGGUGGACACAGGCACCGAGACGAAUAUCAUCCGGGAGCGGGACGCGACUAUGCUAGGGCUGGAGGUGGAUCACUUGGACCAUGGUGUGCUGCAUGGCGCCAAUUGCAAGGGCAUUUUCUGCGGCACCGCGUCUAAUGUGAUGGUGGAGAUCGGGAGGGAUAUCGAUCAAUUCCUGGGUUUGCUGAAAGAACAUAACCUGACGGCAAGCGGCCCCAAGUCGAAGCACUGUAUGAGGGAAACCACGAUUCUGGGCUUUGUCUGUAAUGAGAAGGGGCGGAGGCCAGACGUGAAGAAAACGGACAAGAUCCAAGAAUGGCCAGUCCCCUUUCAGUCGAUAACGAACGUGAGAAGCUUCCUUGGGACCUGUGGGUUUUGGAGAACUUUUGUGAAGGACUUCGCCACCAAGACGGAGCAUUUGAGGAAGCUGGUGCGUCAGGAUCAGAAAUGGGUCUGGGGUGAAGAGCAGGAAAAGGCUGUGGAAAGGAUGAAGGGAGAGUUCAGGGAAGGAGGCCUAGUGCUGGGAGCGCCAAAUAAUGAGGCUACGGAGGAAAAGUCAUUCGUUGUCGAGACGGACGCCGGGCCAACUGCCUUAGGAGGGGUCCUGAUUCAGGCUGAUGCAGAUGGGAAGGAGAGGCCGCUAAGAUUUGAAAGUCGUACUCUCAAUACGACCGAGAGGAACUAUUCGCAGUUCAAGAAGGAGACGCUGGCGGUACUCCACUGCCUGAGGACCUUCCGGAACUAUAUCUUUGGCAGGAGGCUCAUUCUGAGGGUGGACCCUACUGUGCUUGCGUGUUCCCUGAAAAGUUAUACUCCAUCUGACCCAACCAUCGCGAGGUGGUUGACUUACAUUUGGAUGUUUAACUUCGAAUUUGAGAGGAUUCCCGGGGACAAAAAUAGGGCAGAUGGAUUGAGCCGUAUCAACUGGGACAGGGCGAAUCAAGAAUCAACUGAAGAUACCCCACCAGUCAACGGGUUCUUAGACCAGGAGGAGGAUGUCUGCCUCCACAUAAAUGACUGGUCGCUGAGGGUGCCUAGCUGCGUCACGCAUCCCAUAUGGCCAGCACCAAGGGGGUACGAGCGAAAGGAAGAGAUGGUCCUCAAACCUUUUCAGGAGGAAGAUCCAUGGGGGAGUAGGGAUGUUGGCUGGAUGAUGAAGUUGGCAUUGGCAGGCACAGAUAGCCUGGCCGAAGAGGUCAAGACGAUAGAGGAAGGGUCAACCCAGGUAGAGGAGAAUGAGCAACUAAUGGGAGGGAUGUACUUGCUCACUAAUACGCUCCUGCAGGGGGACUUUAAGCAGAGGAGCUCAACCGGUUCCGAAGAAAGCGAACUUCUUAUUCCUGAAAGCCAGGAUGACGAGUUCGAAGAGGAGAAGAUUAGAGAGGAGGCCUCACGACUGGGGAAGGGCUCAGUUGAGCCGACGUGCUAUGUGACAUUGGAGGAGCCUUUGGACCCCGAGACGGAGACAGACAUGCGAGACCGAGAGGAGCCGCAGAAUCCUGAGAUGGCAGCCGGGCCGCCGGAUCCGGUACGGCCUCAAGGCGGGAAGGUAAUCACGGUCGGAGACGAUACCCCGCCACGCUCCCCAGUUCCAGAGCCAGCACAACACUCAUGGCCAAAGGGGAUUCCUGAGCCAGACAGCGAGGAGAUUCCGGAGUCUUCCCCUGAGGCCACCUCUAUGCUUGAGCAGGAGGCAGAGGCAGAGGGUCAGGGCGUGUGUGAGAGAGCGAGGGGGGAGACGCCCCUUGAUUUGCCAUCGGCCACUCACGUGACCAAGAGCCUAGCUAUCGAGGAGCAUGUUCCAGCGGAGUUACCGCCGGCAGUGCCAUGCAUGAGCGAGAGGAUGGGGGCGGAGGCGUCAACUCUGGAGAGCCAGGGGCCGCGAGUGAAAAGAACCCCAAGAGAAACCCGCGAAGAGAAGUCCGCCCGAGUGAGGGUUCGUCUGGACGAAAUACACGCAAGACAGGCUGAGAUGGAGGUGGCGGGGAUAGAGCCGACACCGCCGGUCGAGCCCAAGACGAGUGAGCAGAGGAUCGACGAGUUGUGGGCCAGGAAGAUAUGCAAGAUGAUAGUUACAUCCUUCCAGUGGUAUAAUCAACUCAGCAAUGAGCUCAGGAUCAGGGAGUUGGAGGUGGAGCACCUGACUACUCAGCUUGCCGAGGAGAGGGCGAGGAGCCAGGCCAGAGAGGUUGAGUGGGAGAGGAGAUUUGGGGAGAUGGGGGUCGUUGUGGAUAGGCUUUCGGCAGCCUGGGAGGCUAGCCAGGCGGGGCGAGCCGGUGUCAAUGGCCAGGGCCGAGGGAGGCAGGCUUCGCCGGGCCAGGGAGCAGCAGUGGAGGUCCCUCGACAGGCCGAGCCAAUGCAGGAGGUGCCCUUGGACGCAGCCGAAGAGCAGGGUGGCGCACAAGAGUUGCUUAUGGCUAUGUCCACGGAGAGGAGGGGUUCGCGUUUGCAUGAGUUGGCCGCAACCAUGGGGAUAGGCACGCCACAGGAGGGGCCUCAGAGACUUGAUGCCCCAGAGCAUGCCCCGAGGUUGGGAGAGUUAAGAGCAGAGCUGGGCUCCUGGGCCACGGGGACGGACUCAGGAGGGCCUGACUCGCGGCAACAGCAGCAGCAGGAGGUCAUGAGUGAGCCCACUGCCAUAGGGGGCUCUCAGACGUCAGGAGCAUGUGGGGAUGAGGUGGUGGUGACAGAGGGGCCUCAUGAGGAGGGCCCCUGAGGGUUGGAUAUGCCAGAAUGCAGGCCAGUGAGCACAAUCGCUCGAGGGGAUGAGGGUGCUGAGGCUAUGGAGCCCG